UAAUGUGUAAUUAAUCAGAUGUACUGAAGUACAAGGUUAUGGUGUGUGUUACGUGUGUGCCUGGCUAAAGAUAUAUGUCUUUAAUCUACGUUUGAACUGGGAGACUGUGUCUGAGCCACGAACACUGUCAGGAAGGCUAUUCCAAAGUUUAGGAGCUAAAUACGAAAACGCUUUACCCCAUUUUGUAGACUUUGAUAUUCUGGGAACUACCAGAAGUCCAGAGUUUUGAGAUCUUAAGGAGCGUGGUGGAUUGUGACGUGUUAGAAGACUGGCUAGAUACGUGAGAGCUAAACCAUUUAGAGACUUGUACGUAAGUAGUGCUAGUUUAUAAUCAAUUCUAAACUUAACAGGUAGCCAUAUAACUUCUUGCCUCCACUGAAAAAUGAACAUAAACAACCCUUAAUGCAACCACAAGCCGAAGAAAUCUGGAAAGUGAUUUAUAAAUGCACCAUAUGCAUUUAUCCAUAUAUCCAUAUACAUUUCUUUUCCUUAAUAAUAAAAUCAUAACCUUAGUAUGAUAAGCUUCUGUCUGGUAUUCUGGGUGAAAGCUAUGCAGACUUCAUCAAUGACUUCAUUACAUAUUAUUUUGCAAAAUGUCAGUGCAAUAUCUGAAUUAAAAAUAAAAGUUCUGUCUUAAAACUCACAAAUAAACUUGGUUUUAUAAGAUUUAAUAUCUGCCAGCCAAUCAUCAUCAUCCAGGAUAAACGCAAAGUACGCGGCCUUGACCAAUCACUAUCCACGUCCAGUUUACACAGACUUCAGUAUGGCGAGCUGAGCAGAAAGCAGCUUUAGCUGUAGAUGUUCUACAUAUAAUCCAUGAGCGUAAUGAAAAAGUGUCAGAGUGCACAGGUAUAUUCCAGGUCUUCUGUAGACCGCAGAUUACAGAUGUGCUUAAUAAGUGAACUUCUGGGGACUGAAGGUCUACCAGCAGGAUUUCUGAGCGUUUGUAAGAUGUUUGUUGUUUGCAUGUUUGCACAGAGAUGUGUAUUGCAUGAUCUAAAGUAGUUAAAUAUUGUUUAAUGUUUUUAAAUGAAAUGUCAAGGUAAAAUCUUGUUCAGGAGUAACUUUAGAUAUUAAAAAGUGAAAUGUCUUGUAUUUAAUUUAUACCUUGUGCAUUUGAGAUAAGGAUAUUCUGCUUGAUUUCCAUAUUUCAGCGACACUUCUGUUUAAAACAGGAAGAGACCAUUUCACUACAUGCAGAGUGCUGUACGUAUGUAUGCAGUGAUGGCUGACAGUCAGAGAGAGAGUUGCACACAGUAUCUGUGUAACAAGACAACACAAAAAGAGCAUCUAAUGCCAAGCAGAGGGCCUCCUGGAGGACAUCCAUUUCCAUCUGCACAGACUGUUAGACCUGCCAUGUCACAGGGCCUCCUGGGUCCCUACCCCCUGCUGCAGCACGCAGUGCCCAUGCCCCGACGACCAGAGAUGCCACUGUGUCGUGGGAAGCAGCUACGCCCACCUUUUCUAUCUCCAGGAGGCGGCCGGUCUCUUCUCGGCUCUGCUCCCGUCGGUGUUCUGCUGAGGACCCCACAUGUGGCCUUUACACGUGAACAUCACCAUGAGUCACGUGGAGCUUUUAUGAAUAAGGAAGGCUCUAUGCACAAUCUUCAGAGAAAGAGGCAAAACGGCCAGGUUGCAGAAGAGAAAAGUAAUGGACAGAUGAGCAAAUGCAGAACAGAUGUAAAAACAGAUGUAAAAAAAAAAGAGGGAAAGAAACUGGAAGCAUCUGUUGAAAGCCAGGCCUCAUCCUCUGAGCAAACAGAGCCUCCUGGGAAAAAGCAGAAGAAUCAUGGAGCUAAUAAGUUGGUUGAAGAGUGUGAAGGUGGAGAUGCAGAGCAAAAAUCAGCAGAUUCAUCAACGAUCCAAGAGCAGGAAGACUACUUGCAUGCUUAUGCAGAGGAGGAAUGCUCAUCUACUGAAGCUGACAAAGAAGUGGAGCAGAGCAGGACAGCAGAGGUGCUGGGUGUGGGCACAUCUCUUAAGGUGACCAUUCAGCGAAGCAGCGAGAGUCGAGCCUUCAGCACUGGGUCGGAGGAGGCAGCAGUCACUGCAGGCUCAGGCAUGGACAGAGAUAAGAGCAUGACUGCAGACAAGUUCUGCUGCUAUAUCUGCAAUGUCACUUGUCCUGACCAACACGACUUUCAGACUCACAUGAUCAGCUUGGAACACCAGCAGAAGAUGAUGGAGAUUCAGCACCUGAGUAACACCUGCCUGGCAACACUGCUACCCAAAAUGCACCAGUCACUACAGGGCAAAUACAGAGGCCUGCAGCGCUGGUGUGCAAUCUGCCAGUGUCAUUUUACUGGUGACCUUAUCGAACACAGAAGAACCAAGAAGCACAAGAUGGCGAAGGUCUCUUCCAGACCAUUCUGCACAGUGUGUGAGCGACACUUCAGAACUCCUCGCAAGUUUGUGGAGCACAUGAAGUCCCCAGAGCACAAACAGCAGGUUGAGGAGCUAAAAGAAGGAGCACCUGAAGUCAUGGAGGAACUCAUAACAUUAGAUGCCAUAGGUUGCUUUGAAGAUGAAGAUGACUAUGAGGAAGAAGGAAGUGAAGAUGAGGAGGAAGACAUGGUGUCUGAACAGGUUCAUCCAGCAGAGAUUAAUGAUGAUAAAGAGUAUGAUCCAGACACACAGUAUGGCACCAGUUUUGUAGUCCCAGUAGCAGGCUUCCUCUGUAAACUCUGCCAUAAGUUCUACCACUUUGAGUCCCGAGCUCGGGAGACACACUGCAAGUCUCUCACUCACUACCAGAACUUACAGAAGUACAAGGCUCUGCUGAACCUACCUCAGGAGGCGGAUGAGAACCCAGCCAGUUAUUUAUGUAAUCUUCAGAACGUUGAGAACAGCAGUGCGUGCACUGCAGAGAUGAAGGACAGACAUGAGGAAGAGGAGAACUCGGAAACCCAGUCAGAUUUCAUUACACACCCAGCUGCUGCCCACACGAAGAAACAACACUCAAAAUCCCCGCACAAAAGUCCAACCUCAAAACCAUUGCCUGAGUCCUCAGCCACACAAAACCCUAGUGUGGGUUUAAAGCAUCUGACUGCUGAAAAAAAUCUCUGAUUGUGGUUCUUCCACACAGAAAGAGAAGCCUCUUAGUAAGUCUAAGGAAACCUCAAAGUCUCAUUGAUGUACAUAUCACUGCUAUACGUCUGAUUCCGGAGCUCAGAAGCUGUAGAUUAAACUUUCUAAAAACAUGUCUUUCUUUACCAUAUGCCACAUCUGGAGCUUUGACCAUGUGACCAUAUACAGUGCAAUGAAAAUUUAAUUAGACUGUGAUUUUUUUUUUUUCUCAUUUUAUUUUUAUAACUUUAAUUUUAUUACAUAUAUUUUUCUUAGAAUGUCGGUUUUAAUUUUCUAUCCAAUACUAAAUUAAAGUGGACAGUAAGUUUAUUACUGGAUAUUACA